GGUAUGCUCAGCGGCUGCAACACAAAGAAACCUGUUGUGCACAAAAAAAAUAUAUAGUUAGGAGUGCGUGUUCACGUGUGCGUUCAUUUAAAGCUGGGAGUGGCGACGGGGUUCCACCCUGACUCGACAAAUCCCACCUGAGGAGGUGCAUUUCGGCGAUCGGCCAGGAAUCAGGAUGUACUGAAGGUUUCUGAGAGAGAGAGAGACGCACCGACGAAACAGACGUUACUUAAAUGCUCAAGACCACAACUGCCUGAGUAUGAGUUUUUCAAGCCCAGAGCUGAGGCUGGUCCUUUUGGGGAACAUUGGAUGUGGAAAGACCUCGUCUGCCGACACGAUCCUGAACUGGCUGGCGCCCGUCUCCACCGGUAUGCCCCGGAGCUGCCAGCUGCGCGAGGGCAACACCGAGGGCAGGAGUGUGAGCCUGGUGGAGGCGCCAAGGUGGUACUGGAUCGGUGGGAAGAUGGACGACGACGUGAAGAAGGAGACGGAGCGAGCGAUCACCAUGUUGGAGCCGGGCCCGCACGCCGUUCUGCUGCUGGUGCCUGUCAGUCAGUUCACCGAGAUGGAGGCCCGUGUGCCUGCAGAGCUGGAGGACUUGUUCGGCGAAGACGUGCUGAAUCACACCCUGGUCCUGCUGACAUGUGGCGACUACUUGAUGGGAAAAACAGCAGAGGAAUACCUGCAGAGAGAACACCCAGGCCUGAGGCAAAUGAUCGAGCGCUGUGGAGGCAGGUACCAUGUUUUUAACAAUCGUCAGCGCCAGGAGAGACGGCAAGUCCGGGAGCUGCUGGAGAAGGUUGACGAUUUGGUGCAGAAACAUGGAGUAUUCCAUAUGAAAUCGCCACAUGAGAGAGAGCUCGAGAGACAAGUGAAGCAACGGAAAGAAGAGAUUUUGGAAAGUUUUAGAGCUCAAAAAGCAGCAAAAUUGAGGGAAAUCGAAUCAUCAUCCAGUCCAUACACAGAAACACUUCGAGACGUGGAGCAUGUGACAAUCUUGGAAAGGACGAGGAAAGAAAGACAUGAAAUGGAAGAAAGAAUGUCCAAUGGGGUUUAUUCGAGUCCAACACCAGAGCGACAGUCAUAUUCAGAGACGCGCGAGCGUCCGCAGCUGAACCGGACACCCAGUUUCAAACUGAAUGCAGAUGGAGCUCUGCUCUCACAAAUUUCUGACACUAAAUCGAGUCCGAAAAUAGUCUCUACUUUUCACCACAGAAUCAACAGCUUUGAGGAGAGAUCACCGGAGGCUUCACCCACCUCCACCCCUCACUCGCCUGUCUUCCAUCCUUCCUCCUCCUCCCCUCCGGCAUUUACUGCCUCGUCUUCGUUGCUCUCUUCGUCCUCUACGGCUCCCUCAUACCUUUCAUCAUCUUCAUCCUCAUCCUCCUCCUCCACCUCCUCUCCGGAGCUUCGCCUGAUCUUGCUUGGGCGAUCUGGAGCAGGAAAGAGUGCAGCUGGUAACUUCAUACUCGGGGCUGAGGAGUUUGAAUCUCGUCCAGACAGCCUCACUUCAAUCACUCAGCAGUGUGAGAAAAAGAAAGGACUGAUUGAAGGCAGAAAGGUGGCAGUGGUGGAUACGCCAGACUGGUUCAACACAGAGCAGAGUCCAGAUGAGGUGCGGAGUCAGAUCUCCUCCUGCGUGGCUCUGGCCAGUCCCGGCCCCCACGCCUUCCUCUUGUGCGUCCCCGUGGACCUGCCUGCCAAGACCGAGCUGCAGGCUCUCGGGGCGCUGGAAAACGUCUUCGGCCCGGAGGCGGUCCAGAAGCACACUGUGGUCCUGUUUACGCAUGCAGAUCGGCUGAGAGCGAGCGGGAAGGCAGGAGACGGCAGCGUGGAAGCGUACAUCGCCAGCGAGCGGGGGGACCUGCUGAAGCUGGUGGAGAAAUGCGGGGAUCGGUUUCAUGUGGCGGAGAAAGGGGGAGGCAGGAGGGAGAGGGGGAAUGUGGCGGAGCUGCUGGAGAAGGUAGAGCAGACGGUGAAGGAGGCUGGGGGACAGUGCUAUUCCUGCCCCGCUUUUCAAGAGGCGGAGAACAAAGUGAGGCAGAGGCAGGUGGAACUGGCAAAGGAAAAACAAAAGCGGGAGCAGGAGAGACUCGAGAAUCCUAAAAGCAAGGUUCUUUACUCAUACAUGCAGCCAGUUUUAGAGUACGAAGAGGAAAUGAGAGAGGAUGAGAUUGAGAAGACGAGGGAGGAGGCAGAGAGGAGUGUAGGAGGCAUGAAUAUUGAGAGCCUUCCGCCCAUCACUUCUUCCACCCUGUCACCGUCACUUCUGCGUUCCGUUAUGGACAGAAUCGGUUCGGCUACAAAGAUGUUACCCAAGCUCUUGGCAGAUAGCUCUGUUUUGGUUGGACAAGGAGCAAAGAAGGUAAAAGACAGCCCAGUUUGGGGACAGGUUGGCUCCAGUGCACAAAGCGUCCAGAAGAUGGUGGCUGACAGCGCGGUGUGGGGGAAGGUGGGGGCUACCGCUGGAAAUGUGUCCAAAGCCGUAGGAGACCGAGUUCCCAAGGUGGUGGUGGACGGUUCUUCCUGGGUGGGAUCUGGAGCGAAGGCAGUGACGUCAAGUCCGGUGUGGGGAAAGGUCGGUUUGGGGGCAAAAUCUGGGGCCAAAAUCAUGGCAGACAGCUCCAUGCGACUCGGAGCCGGGAUUGGAACCGGGGCGAAGAAUCUGGCACAGAGUCCGAUGUGGGGAAAGGUUGGCUCUGGGGCCAAAAGUGGAGCGAAACUGAUGGCAGCCGGGUCCAAAAGAGUUGGGGCUGGCGCCAAGAAGGUGGCACAGAGUCCGGUGUGGGGGAAGGUCGGCUCCGGGGCUAAAGCGGGGGUCAAGAUGGUGGCAGAUAGUUCAGCGUGGGAGAGAAUAGUGAAUACAGCGAAACAGGUGCCCAAAGUGGACAUCCUGGGCGCUGUGCUGGGUUUGGUGCUCGGUGUGUUUUUGGGAGGCCCCCUGGGCGGAGUGAUUGGGGCAGCUGCUGGAUCUGCUGCAACCGAGGUGGGCAGAAGAAAACUCAGCAGCAGAAGCACAGCGGACAAGACGGAUGAAGCUGUGAGAAAUAUUGAGAGAUCCGUGAACGACAGCGUUGAUGCAGUGGUCAGGCAAGGAGGGAAAGCUUUAAAAGCUGAAUGACGGACUGAACAGUGUGUGUGGAUACCAUUUUUAAAUUUGUCAAAUAUAUCUUUCAUCUGAUUGAGUAUUACCGGAAUAUAUAAUUCAAAGUAGCAGUACAUUCAUAAGCUCUUAGAAUAUUUUCUUUCAUGCCACUGUUUUAGGACGAUCUGUUCUUACCACGAAAAUGGAAAUAAGCUGAUCCUGGGGCAAUUUUGACAAGAUAGAUUGAUUUAUAUCAGGUUUCAUACUGUCACGAAUAUCUUGGAAAAGUUUUGUAAGUUUAGAAUAUAAUUUCCAGACCUUGGAAAAGUUGUGGUUUCAUGUUUUUUGUUGAAAGUUUUCUAAAAGUCAUGGAAAUGCAAAUACAGUUAUUGUCGGUGCCAAUAUUUCAGUGGUGUACGAGAAGCACGUUCAAUGAUUUUUGCCUCAGGAGUCAUGACAGAUAUUGUCCACGUCCAAAAAGGAUCUGAUGACAUGGAAUUUAAAUAUACACAUCAACAUUAGAUGCAAUGAAAGCGGUUAUCUUGUAUUUGUCCUUCUGAUAAUCGGUUUCAGAUUAGAUAUGAGAAGCUUGAGAUGAAGCUGUAAGCGGCCAUGUGACUGUUGCCAUAUCAAGACAAUAACACCUGCAUUAUAAAGACUUUAUCAGCAUUUAUUACCAAAUAUAACCGUGAGUGAGACAUCUGUUUAGCCUUAAGUCCAUUUAUUCUGUAUGUGGCGUGAGCUUUGUUACUGAGGUCUGCAGCCAGUUUACUGCAGAAGUGUGUGAGUUUGUUUCAUGCAUAUUAACGCCUCCUAGUUGCAGAGCAAUGUUAAAAACAAAUAAGGUGAAAAUGUGCACAAACUCAGUAUUAUGUAGUAAGAGUCUGCUGAAAAUGAGCAGAUGGGAAUACACAGCAAAUUUUAUUUUUAUACAACAAAUAUUUUCUUAUUGAGCAGCGCCUUAUGUUUGAAUACUGGAAUACACAUUAAUUUCAGUGGAGAAUGAAACUUCUGGUCAUUUAAAUUUGAAAGAUUAUGGAGAAUUCAUAGAAAAAUCAUCGAAAAAGUGUAUGAACCCUGUUAUUUGUGCCUGUCCUUAAUUUGAUAGAGCAGCAGUGGAAGCAUUGAGAAGCCUUUCGACUGGACCAUUUGCUUCUGUACAGAAAAACAUUAAUUGCAGGUAUUUGUUAAAUCUUUGAUAUGCGAUUUCUUUCCUUUUUAGCUAUUAAUGAAUGCUGUAAAUUGAUUGAGAGGUUGUAUAUUGUCACUCUUUUUCUGUAACAUUUGUUGUUUCAUUAAAAUGAAAUUUAUG